CGAACCCUAGAAAUCCCACCGGCAAUAUAUGCGUGAGCACUACGCCACAAGCGCUCUGUAGAGGUGGCGUUGCUCGUUCAGCUAAUACGAGUUUCCCGUUCCCAGCACACGACACUCUCUCUCAUUGAAAUCUUGCUAGAGGCUUAGGGUUUGAUAAACCUUCGAUUCGAUCUCCAUCAUCGUGUUUGUUCGUCUAUCUAUAUAGACAGAGAGAUGGCGGAUCGAUUGACUCGUAUCGCCAUCGUCAGCUCCGACCGUUGCAAGCCCAAGAAGUGCCGUCAGGAAUGCAAAAAGAGUUGUCCUGUUGUUAAAACCGGUAAACUCUGUAUUGAGGUCACUGCUGCAUCUAAGAUUGCAUUCAUUUCAGAGGAGUUGUGCAUUGGAUGUGGUAUUUGUGUUAAGAAAUGCCCAUUUGAAGCAAUCCAGAUCAUUAAUUUGCCAAAAGACUUGGAUAAAGAUACAACCCAUCGCUAUGGCCCUAACACCUUCAAAUUGCACAGGUUACCAGUCCCAAGGCCUGGGCAAGUUCUUGGAUUGGUUGGAACUAAUGGUAUUGGGAAGUCAACUGCCCUUAAAGUUUUGGCUGGAAAAUUGAAACCUAAUUUGGGCCGUUUCAAUAAUCCUCCAGAUUGGCAGGAGAUCCUAACGUACUUCCGAGGAUCUGAAUUGCAGAAUUAUUUUACCCGUAUUCUUGAAGACAAUUUGAAGGCAAUUAUCAAGCCCCAAUACGUUGAUCACAUUCCAAAAGCAGUUCAAGGCAAUGUUGGGCAAGUGCUUGAACAAAAAGAUGAGAGAGAUAUGAAGGAAGAACUAUGUCAUGAUCUUCAGCUCAACCAGGUUAUUGACCGUAAUGUAGGGGAUUUGUCUGGUGGGGAGCUGCAGAGAUUUGCUAUUGCGGUCGUUGCCAUCCAGAAUGCUGAGAUAUAUAUGUUUGAUGAACCUUCAAGUUAUCUCGAUGUCAAACAGAGGCUUAAAGCUGCUCAAGUUGUCCGAUCAUUGCUCAGGCCAAAUAGCUAUGUAAUUGUCGUGGAGCAUGACCUUAGUGUCUUAGAUUACUUGUCUGAUUUCAUUUGCUGCCUCUAUGGGAAGCCUGGCGCGUAUGGAGUUGUAACCCUUCCCUUUUCUGUCAGAGAAGGAAUUAAUAUAUUUUUGGCCGGAUUUGUUCCCACAGAGAACCUGCGUUUUCGGGAUGAAUCUCUUACUUUUAAGGUUGCUGAGACUCCGCAGGAAAGUGCCGAGGAAAUUGAAACAUAUGCACGAUACAAAUACCCAACGAUGAGUAAAACUCAGGGUAAUUUUAAGCUUCGUGUGAUAGAGGGUGAAUUUACUGAUUCUCAGAUUAUUGUAAUGCUUGGUGAGAAUGGGACUGGGAAGACAACAUUUAUUCGCAUGCUGGCUGGUUUAUUGAAGCCCGAUACCGUUGAAGAUUCUGAUGUCGAGAUUCCUGAGUUCAAUGUUUCUUACAAGCCCCAAAAGAUCAGCCCAAGAUUUCCAGCUUCAGUCAGGCACCUACUCCAUCAAAAAAUACGCGAUUCAUAUAUGCACCCUCAGUUUGUGUCAGACGUCAUGAAGCCUCUUCAAAUUGAGCAAUUAAUGGAUCAAGAAGUUGUAAAUCUUUCUGGUGGGGAGUUGCAAAGAGUUGCAUUGUGUCUUUGCCUUGGGAAGCCCGCGGACAUUUAUCUGAUAGACGAACCAAGUGCAUAUCUAGACUCUGAGCAGCGUAUUGUUGCUUCAAAAGUCAUUAAAAGAUUUAUCCUUCAUGCGAAGAAGACUGCAUUCGUGGUGGAGCAUGAUUUCAUAAUGGCUACAUAUCUGGCAGAUAGGGUCAUUGUCUAUGAGGGGAGGCCCUCAGUGGAUUGUACGGCAAAUGCGCCUCAGUCAUUGUUGACUGGAAUGAACCUUUUCUUAUCCCAUCUGGACAUCACAUUUAGGCGAGACCCAACUAAUUUUCGCCCGAGAAUCAACAAACUGGAAUCGACCAAGGACAGGGAGCAAAAAUCUGCUGGAUCUUAUUAUUACCUGGAUGAUUAAUUUUGUUAUGGACAGAGUUGUUGCUAUCCUAGAUAAAAGGGCAUCUAUAUCUGCUGAAUUAUGGGAGCUCACGGAUGAAUAAGAAGGGGCUCUAAUGUUUUGUGACAAGAUCAUGUUCGUCUCCCAGUUUAUUCCAAUGCAUUUUCUGGUCGUUUUGAUGCUGCUUUAGUAUAUUUAUGGUUUUUAUAAAAACUGUUUUAGGCCACAAUUUCGGAUGAAUAGGUUUUUUUCCCAGAGUGUACCUCUUUUUUUUUUUUUUCUUUCUCGAAACUGGCAAGUUGUAAUUUGUUUAAAUAUAUAGAACCUACAGAGAAGUCAAAACUAAUUUAUUGUCUUCACUAAGUCCUAGACACAUGAUUUACAAUUCCAUCAUGUCCUUUUUGGACUCUUUUUAA